ACUAAGGCUAUUUCUGUCAUUUCCAUCAUCCCUGUUUCAGCCCCUCCUCCUGGGUGUUGGUGGUGUCACUAUGGCAACGAGCACGCGCCGCCCAGGCUCAAUUCUGAAGCGGUUACUGACCUCCGCUGCCUCACUCUCCGCAGACUAGUGAUUUCACCGCGCGUCCCACCCACUAGGUCUCGGAUACAUCUCCCUUGGUCUCCGCGCAAGGAGCCGAAGGGCAGCAUGGCCAAGGCGGCAGCCUCUUCGCCGCUAGAAGACUUGGAUCUGAGUGGAGAGGAGGUCCAGCGGCUCACCUCCGCCUUCCAGGACCCGGAGUUCCGGCGAAUGUUCUCCGAGUACGCCGAGGAGCUCACAGACCCUGAGAACCGGCGGCGCUACGAGGAGGAGAUCACGGCGCUGGAGCGUGAGCGCGGAGUGGAGGUGCGGUUCGUGCACCCGGAGCCGGGCCACGUAUUGCGCACCAGCCUGGACGGGACCCGGCGCUGCUUCGUGAACGUGUGCAGCAACGCGCUGGUGGGCGCGCCCAGCAGCCAGCCCGGCUCUGGGGGCGCGGUGUCCGGCAGCCAGUGGUCCCUGCCCUACAGCCUGGCCCCCGGCCGUGAGUACGCGGGGGGGCGCGGCACCCGCUACACCGUCUACGACGUGGUCUUCCACCCAGACGCGAUCGCGCUGGCCCGGCGCCACGAGCGCUUCCGCCAGAUGCUGGACGCCACGGCCCUGGAGGCCGUGGAGAAGCAGUUCGGCGUGAAGUUGGACCGGAGGAACGCCAAGACCCUGAAGAUCAAGUACAAGGGGACUCCGGAUGCCGCCGUGCUGCGCACGCCCCUGCCCGGAGGCGCGCCGGCCCGACCCGAGGGGGAGCCGGAGAGCCCUCUCCCCAGUUUCCCCUACCCCUACCGAUACCCGGCGGCCGGCGUGAGCGCUGCGGUCCCCCGGCCCCAGGCGCCCUCCCCUCCGGAGGCCGUGCGGCAGCCCGCCCCCACCGAGCCUCGCUACAGCGUGGUGCAGCGCCACCACGUGGACCUCCAGGAUUACCGCUGCUCCCGGGACUCGGCGCCCGGCACCGUGCCCCAAGAGCUGGUGGUUACCAUCGAGCUGCCGUUGCUGCGAUCGGCCGAGCAGGCGGCGCUGGAGGUGACGGGGAAGCUGCUAUGCCUUGACUCAAGGAAGCCCGACUACCGGCUGCGACUCUCGCUCCCGUACCCGGUGGAUGACAGCCGCGGCAAGGCACAGUUCAACAAGGCGCGGCGGCAGCUGGUGGUCACGCUUCCGGUGGCGCCGACCGCCUCGCGCCCGGAGCCCGCCGCGUCCCCGGAAGGGGCAGCCGACCCGCCAGGAACUGACGGCGCGGCCUGCGCUUCCGCUUGCCCCGUGGAGGCGGGCCCGGCGGGGGUUUGUGCUGGGGACGCAAGCUCAGGUCCCAGCCGAACCCGGGCUGCAGACGCCGGGAUCACCACUCCGGACGCCGCCGGGGAGGAGCGCGUCGCAGAAUCCGAGGAGCGGGAUUUCGGCGGGCAAGAGAUACCAACCCCGGGGACCGGGGAGGAGCCGCCUCCCGGAGCCGGGAACUCACCUGGGGACCGUGGCGGAGGCGCUCUUAGUACUUCCUGCGGGGUCCUUGACGCGGGCCUUUCUGUAGGGAGCGCGAGCGUGCGCCCGACCCUCGGCGUGGAGGCGCGCGAGGCCCGGGAAGGCACCGGCAGGGAGCCGCCUGAUCGAGCUAUGGGUGGUCCCGAGACCGACCGCGGGGAAGCUUUGUGUCCGCCUUUGCAGUGUAGUCAGGAUGAAGAAUCCCUGACUCUGCUCAUUCACGUGCCUUGGAUCCUGCUUCAAAGUCUUCAAGGGGAAGUGAACCCCCUCUGGUACAAAUUGUCCUUCUCUACCCAAGACUUAGUUUAUUAUUCCUUCUUUUUGCAAUUUGCUCCAGAGAAUAAAUUGAGUACCAAAGAACCAGUGGUUAGCAUUUCUUCCAACAAUGCAGUGAUAGACCUGGCCAAGUCUCCAGAAUGCCAUGGAUACUGGAGAGAGUGGUAUUACGGCUUAAACAACUAUUGUUUGGAGGAAAGGUUAUUUGUCAAUGAAGACAACGUUAAUGAGUUUCUUGAAGAGGUCCUGAGCCCUCCAUUCAAACAGACAUUACCCCUGACGCCACCAUUAAUUGAAGUUCUUCAGGUUACUGAUAGUAAGAUUGAAAUACAUGCAAAGUUGCAAGAAUGCAGUAACUCUGAGCAGCUUCAUGAAAAAGAAGAAAAAGUCCAUGAAGGAAGUCCUCUAACAGAAAAAGAAAAUACAGAAAAUGCUUCCACUUCAACAACUGAUUCUGAUUCAUCUGUAGCAGUCACGGUACUAGAAGCAGACAGUUGUGGUUCAGUCGCAUGCUUGCAACAAGGGGCUCUUGAUGUUUCUCAAAAGCUGUUUGCAAAGUCUCAGCAACCUAAGUCAGAAAAGGAAGGUGAAUUUAUAAAAGACAAAAGUGCUGUUUAUGCAAAUGAAGAAAAAGAUAACUUAAAAGAACCAGUAAUAACUGAAGAGAAAGAAGUGAAUGGAAAUCACCCAUCUUCGUUACUGAACAAAACUGCAGUUCACAAUACACCUGGUUUUGACCACAUAAAGGAAACCAAUAUGCAGGACGGUAGUGUGCAGAUCAUUAAAGAUCAUGUGACUCACUGCUCAUUCAGUUUUCAGAAUUCUUUGCUUUAUGACUUGGAUUAAUUCUGUAUCAUUUUUUAAUUUAAAGGCUGAGUAAAAACUUUUGGACAUAAAAUAGAUUGUUUACUAUCUUAAAGCCAAAAGUAUUCAAAAAAGUAUAAAAUUAAAAUUUAUAUUUUUAUUCUUAUGGGGAAACUGAAGCUAAUAUUUUGUGUGUGUGUGUACAGUUUAUGUCAAUACAAAGCUUCCUUAAUUAUGGAAAUAAAUUUUGUGAUUCCUCUGUUGUAUAUUUUUUCUAAUGGAGAGUUAAAUGUUUAGUGUCAAUACAACCUGUUUAUAGUCUUGUUUUUGGUUUCUUUUGUUUGCCAUUACUUUAAUAAAGUUUCCAAAUAUUAUGUCACAAAAAGUAAUUCUCAAGAAUGCAAUGAACUAAAAGCACACACAAUAGAGUGUGUGUGUUGGGGGAAGGAGAAUCUCAAAACUAUGUGUUUAUAAAUCUCACUUAAUAGGAUUUAUUCAGUAUUUAUGCUUGUCAUAGAGAUUCUGAAAGAACUUUAUUAACCAAUAUUAAAUGAUUCAAACAAUACAAAUAGACUGAAAUUUAGUAUUUCUGCUUCAACUCUGUAUCUUACUCUUCUCAUAUGUAAGUCACCAUAUAUUUGUGUGGGUGUAUACAUAUAUAAAUAAAAGUUAUUAAUGACUUUGAAAGCUCAAAAUUUAAAAUAAUUUUUUGGAAAUUAGUAAAACAUUCCUUGGUUUUAUAAAAUUAGUUUACAAGUUUUAGAACAAGAAAAUUUAAGAAAAUCUGAGAAUUUAUUCCAAUAGGAAAAUUGUCUUCCUAUAUUAUUACAUGAAGACAACAAAAGUUAGUGUUUCCUAAUCAGUUUCGUUUAUAAUACCUAAAAGAGGGCAGCAGAUGUUUCUAAUAGUUGCCAAGUUAUGAGUUGUGGAAUAUUUUAUAUAAGGCCAGGAGAAAAUCCCAAUAGUUUCUUUUUUCUCUCACAAAAAGUUUAGGACAACACAAAAGACAAUAUAGAAAGGAAAGUAUUUGUUGAUCUAAUUGCUGACCCCAAGACCAUGAGCUGCUGAUGCAUUUCUGUUCCAAAGUCAGCUACUAACUCAAACGUCUGGCCUUAUAGUCCAGGAAACUACCUAAUUUCUUUAGUCUUUUUGAACUAGGGAGGUCAGGUCAGAGCACCAAAAGCUGGAACACCACCUGGCAGUUCAUCCUGAUAUGCAGUAUAAAGGAACUCAUAAAACAGAACUAUUUGCAUCAUUAUAGAUGACCAUAUACAUUUUUCAACCAUGACAGGAAUCUCUUGAUUCAGUAGUGAUUUUGAGACUGUCCAUUAGGUACACAAUCUUUAGGUUGAAAUGACUAUUUGCAGUAUCAACACAAAUUAUGAGUAUACUUUUGGUUGAAUGCAAUGAUGUAUGUUAAAGGAAACUUUUAUGUUAAAUAUGGAAUAAAUUUUAAGCCUGUUUCUUAUUUACUUUGUUGUUUUAAAUUUAAAAGUACAAUUUCUGAUCAAAUAAAGCUGGCUCUAGAACAUG